CCCCGCCCCAUCACGUGCCCGCGGCUUCGCGUCACACCCGGAAGCAGCGGCUGUAGGGAGCUGGCAGCAAUGAGCGGGGAUACAGGGACGACGUCCGUAGCGCCCUCUCCCGGGGAGACCGAACCAGGCCGUGGGGUCCGCAUUGUGGUUGAGUACUGCGAACCCUGCGGCUUCGAGGCGACCUACCUGGAGCUGGCGAGUGCCGUGAAGGAGCAGUAUCCAGGCAUCGAGAUCGAGUCGCGCCUGGGGGGCACAGGGGCCUUUGAGAUUGAAAUCAAUGGACAGCUGGUGUUCUCCAAGCUGGAGAAUGGGGGCUUUCCUUAUGAGAAAGAUCUCAUUGAGGCCAUCCGAAGAGCCAGUAACGGAGAACCCCUCGAAAAGAUCACGAACAGCCGCCCUCCUUGUGUCAUCCUGUGACUGGAUGUGAUUCUCGGUUCCUGCUCUCUUCUGGGAUCCAAGCCUUGGUUGCCCCGCUUUGAUCCCGCCGAGGGCUCCCCACUGCCUCUCUCACCUCACUUAGCUCGUGGCAGCCAAGAGACCCUGGCCUCCACUUUGGCCCUUUGGUGGGCACCAGGAGGGAGUAGAUGGUUCUGUGGUCUUAGGGGUGGAAGAGAGAUGCUCUCCAUGGACAUUUCCACAGCCACCUUACACUCCUUCCGUAAGAUCAGUGUCCACAAAAACCUGCUCCCCUCUCCAGCUUAGCUGUACCUGUCAGAUGUUACCAUGGUUCUAAUUUAUUUUCCACUAGCCCCAGGCAAUGUCAGCUAUUGGCAAUAAAGUGGCACUGCAAACA